CAGACGGCCCUCUUCAACUUCCAAUCCCUCCUGCUCGUCAUUCUCCUCACAAUCUGCACCUCGACCUACGCGCACUCUGUGUUUCCCGGUAUAAUCGAUCGCAACAAGGAAAACUGGAUUGUGUCGCCGUUGUGGAAGGCGGCGAGGGUUGGGGAGCGCUUGAGUCCGUAUGUUAGUAUUGCAUGUGUGGUUAUGGCUACGCUCGAGUUCAUGGGAUGA